AAAUCCCUUUUAUUUUUUAGCUCUCAGAAAUCUAUCAGAAUCUCUCGCCUACUCGAAGAACUUAUAUAUACAUUCGUGUGAUAGAUAGACAGAUAAAAUAACUACUGGCAUUUGUAACAAAGACACACUAAAAUAUAUCUAUUAAUUUUAUGUAAACUAAAUGUUCUUAAAUUGGACUAAAAUGAAACUUAAAAAAAACUCUUCACUUCUUUUAUCGACACGGAUUUGUUUGCUAUAAUUAAGUAAACAACUCAUAGAUAUGAGUUUUAUUCUUUGGUUUUGUAUGAAUUGAAUGAUUAUCUAUUUUUAUUUUCUGUCAUCCUAACCUGCCUCAAUAUCAUAAAUAUGAAUGCAAAGCUAUAAAUUUUUUUCUAUCGACACAUUACAACCAAAGUUAGCGAAGAAAACUUGUUGGUUGGUUGCCCUCCACCGUGCUUAUUCUUUCCCGCGAAAUCUUUAUCAGGAAUCUGCUUUUUUUUUUAAUAUCUAAUUAACUAAUUAUUUAUCUAAAACAAACAAAAAAAUUACGUUUUCUCUUGUUAUCAAUUGAAACUAAAUCGGCUAAUGAAUGACACGGACUCACUGACCUUUGUUCUACGUAAGAAAAGACAAACAACAUUCCUGGCUUAAACUGCUUCGAGUUGGUCUUGUCUCGUUUAAACGCAACCAAACCAACGACUGGAUUUUAUAUAUAUAUAUAUAUAUAUAUAUAUAUAUAUAUUUACUAUAAUAAUAAUAAUGUCUGUUCUUUUGUAAGAAACAGGGGUCCAUAGAGAACCUCUUCCACGAUAUUUUCCAAUAAAUUUUAAAUGAUGGCUAACAAUCUGCCCGCCGGGAAGAUGUACAAGAAGCCAAUAAAGAAAAAUGUUGGUUUACGGGCAUUCUUUCCUGAAAUGCCCAUCAGCAUGAGUAACUUGGAGAAAGCCAAAAUCUGGGUAAAAAGGCAUAACAACAACUAUUUUAUGGGAUGGACUCAAGAACAACUUCAAAAUCUUGACCCCAUUGUCAGGCCACUGACCAUUAUUACACCAGAAUUGUACAAGCGCCACAUGAAUAGAUGCUGUAGAUGUAACCAUUAUGUUUUGUUUAACCCACAAGCACAUAGCUAUUGCAAAUGGAGGAGUGAAUAUUGUCGUAUUGUGAAGCUUAAGUAUUGUUUGGAAUCUGAUGCUGAUUGGGCUAAAGAAUUCCGGCGUCGUUUGGGAACUGACAGUUCAAAGGGAGGUUUCCGAAGUUUGGGUGAAGCUAAAUUGUAUGCCACUCAGUUGUGGCGUCAGUACAGUGAGCUGUAUGAUGUCCAUCGGGCGCGUAUUGGCAACAGCAAUUCAAGGGCUUCUCUUGAAAAGCAUCAUUCACUCGAUGGGUCUUCUCGUGACACAAAAGCUAUUCAUAUCAGUUCAGGCUCAGCAAUCAGUAGCUCAGCUGCCUCACUUCUCCCCCUUAGUGGCAGCCCAGACUCAUUGAUCCCUCCAUUUAGACGUGAAGACGACAAACUACUCAGCCUCCAUCUUGCUUCAAUGGAUGAAUCAAACAACCAUCAUUUAAAUGAGUUUCCAAGUUCAUCCAGUCUGAACAUCAGUCCUCUUAUAAAAGUAGAACGGGAAGAAAAAUUUGAAUCCUCCUCAACAACCAUCAGCAGCGAGACAAAUUGGUCUGUUGACAAUAACAAAGUAAGCUCUUCUCACAACACACCUGUUUUUCCAUCUGUUGACCAGAUGGAACUCAGCAUUUUAGAAAGAGUUGAUGUUUUACUGCGAAGAAGACGGAAAGAUUUCUUUCUCGGUUAUACUGAGGACCAGUUACGAAACUUGAGCCCUUUUGAACGUCCACUGACCACAGUUACUGAAAAAGAAUACCAAGAAUACCUCUUCAGCGAUGAAGGACAAUUAACUUCUGCUCUUGCCACAGUUUUUGAUCUCACUGAACCUUGGGCUUUCCGUUUUAAAAAGAUGCUUCAUUUAAGUCCCGAGGAAGGUGGUUUUGCAACUUGGCCCGAUGUUAAACAAGAACUUUAUGUGCUAUUGCAAAACCAUUUAAGUGGCAAUAGUAAUUCUCAAGAGUCUGUAGUACCGUCAAUGCUUGAUGGUUCCCAUGGUACAAUGCCAUCUUUAUCUUUAGACAGUGACCUUCCAAGUACAUCAGGUUUGGUUGAAAGGGCCAGUGAAAAUAUUGAUUUUACCAAUACAAGUUCUAGCAUGCUGUUGGGUAAGGAUUCACUAAAAGAAUCAACAAUAUCACUGUUUAGUUCUGGCAUUUUAAAUGGAAGAUUAACGAGCCAGAAGAAAUCUCCUGAUUCUUCCGACAGAACAGUUAUAUCCCAAGCAUCUCCUUCUGCCCCUGAAACCACUGAAGAUGCCAUCACUAUAGAUGAUGAUACUAAUUCUGAAGAUAAUUUUGCUGCUGGUAACCAAUCUCAAAUGAAAAGUCCACCUGUCUCUUCUAAUGGUCCCAGCAUUGACAAUAUCUGGAGCACCAACAAUAGUAGUUCUAAUGAUCACAGAAGGGCUGCAAACCAUCUUCAACAGCAGUUUUUAUCUGAUUCUAGUGUUAGUAUUACUUCGUCCAUUGAAAGAAGUGGUCACUCUGUUACUGCUGUAUCAUCCAGUUUAUCUGCGAUGGCAACACCCAAUCGCUUUGGUUCACCACUUGGUAAAGUCAGCAAUCGUAUUUCUUUAGAUUUAGCUUCAUUUGGUCGUAACCAAGGAAACUCAGAACAACUGGAAUGUUCUACUAUGGAGCCUAGGAAUUCUCGUGUUGUACCCCGUUUUAGUUCACAGUCAGCAAUUACAAUGGACACAGGUAGUGUAGAAGUCCCUACAGUGAAGACCAGUAAUCGUAGUAACCCUUCUAGACUGGUUGUUGCUGGUUCUAAUUCUCUUUACACAAAUAAUAAUUCUAGUAGUAAAUCUCUGGUAUCAAAACUUUGGUCUCUCAGAGAUAAGUUAGCUGAACGCUGUCGUGAUGAUCCAGCUGUUAGCUGGCAUGAUAAAUUAAGACCUCAUUUGAAACUUAUCCGAUCACAAUUAGGUGAGACUUACACUCUCCCGAAUUCUGUGCAUGAAAGUAUUGCUGAUCUUUUCCUUGUUACAUUGCAGCUUGAGCUGCUUGACAAACAAACAUCAGGAUUCAGUGAAAUGUCUUAAUUAUUAAAAGUAAUUAAAAAUGACAAAAACCCAAUUUGACUGAACUGUCCUUUUUAAACCUUCAAAUAUAUGGAAACACUUGUUUCUUAAAUAUUUAAAAAGACUAUAACAAAAUAUUGAUAACCGUUUAUAACUACCUUAGUCUAAUUUUAACCCUUAGGCUUACAAAUAUUUUGAAUGAAUUGUUUCUUAUUAAAGUGAAAAGUUUUUAAAAACCAAAACAAAAAAAAAACACAUAAAACGGAAAACUAUUGUUUCCAUAUUUCCCUUCCGUUCCCAUAUAUACACCAAUCAUUUGGUACCAAAUUGACUGAUCAAUCAUUGCUGUUAAUUUCUCAGUCUGUUUCAGACAACUGAAAAUAACCGGUACACUUCUAAGUGUUCUUACUAUUCCUGAAUAUAUUUUCAAUUUCACCAUUUAUUUUACUGACAUCUUCAAUAUUGUGUUUUACCAAAGGACAUGUUGAGUCAUUUCACCCAUCAUUUACUGAAAUAUAUUCAGUUGCUUUUUUUUUUUUCAUUAUUUCUUUGGUUUUGAUGUUAGAAGAAUGUGUGUAUGGUUUUUUUUUUGUUUUUGUUUUUACAAGGGUCAGAGACCCAUAUAUAUAUAUAUACACAAAAUGCUUAUCAGUUGUAGUCAUUUUUUAUAAUUAUUCCACUGUGCCAGUAAUUUAUUUAUAAAUGCAAUUAUAAAAUAACAUUAUAUUUCAUUAUCUGUGACCAAAGCUGUUUUGUAACCAGGCUGAACAAAACCAAGUAUAACUUGGGAAAUUUGUGUUUCAAAAUCAUAGAACGUCAAUAAUUUACUGAAUAUUGUAAACUAUUGCAAUUAAGGAAAACUCACACCAAACAUGCAUACAUAUUCAUCCCUCCAUCAAUCCAUCCAUCCAAAGAAAAUAAUAUAUCUGUUGAAAUAUAAGUUGUUUCAUAUUUCAUAUGCUUUAAUCUAAAAUAGCAGUUUAAAAAAUGUUACAAUACACCAAUAUUUUUAAAAUA